AUGCCGCAGCUGCAAUGGUCGGAAACUACUUCCCAGGAGCCCCAUGCAGAUGAUCCUAGUCAGGCUUCAAAGUCCUCUGGAGACGACAACGGCGCGCAACACAAUCCCCGAAAUCCCAGCUCACCUGAACGCAGUCAGGCUUCUCAGUCCUUUGCAGACUACACCACCCUGAAGUACGAUCAAUAUCGAAAGCUGGUCGCUCUGUCAAAGGCCAACGCGUGGCUAAUCGGCCCGCUUACCUGGAUUCCUUUGAUCCUUUUCUUCAUUCAUGGCAACUACAUACAAGCACAUGCACUUCGUCAACGCUACUUCAAACUCAUCUUGGGCUUCGCAUACGCAGCUGUGGUCGCCUACCUUGCAGCCUCGGACAGGCCUUGGGAGCCUCUCUACAUGCUCAUAAUCUAUUGGCGCUUCGAGUUCACCGGGAAAUAUACGCCGCUUCUCGUCGUGGUCAUCAGCACUGCUCUUGGGGACUUCAUGUGCCACUGCAUCCGAGACCCCACUUACAUGCGCGCUCGUAUCGCGAAUGCAACCUUCAACGCCAUCCGACUUCCCCACUCGCUCUGUCUCAUGAUACUCCAGAUUUGGCUGCAUGUCAAUGGACUCGCCGAGCAUUUCAUCAAUCGUUGGAGCCUGGUGGAAAAUAUUCUCAUCUGGAUCAACACGGCAAUCGGCUUUGGGGGCAUAUUCUAUGCCCCGGACGCUUUCGUCUCUCUUGUUAUUCAGUCUCUCAUCUUUGUCGGCAGUCUACGCUAUUUGUACAAGGAACGCGUCGCGCGCUACAUGACCAUGCUCCGAAACGCGACUUCUCGCUCCAUCGCCUCGGCCGUGCAUGCGAUCGCCGCAUUCAUCGACAGCGUGAAGGGAUGGCUUAUCUUCUAUGCCUUCAUUGUUUAUAUUUCGAUAUCACUCGCCAGCUUUCUCGACAUGCGCCACGAUGCCAAAGCUUGCUUCGACUAUGUCUACAGUUAUAUGAGCUGGGUGUCCCCCUCCCCUCGCGAGUCCUGGGAAGCCAUCUGUUCUUAUACCCUCUAUCCUGUUGCCAGUGUCUUUGGGUGGGUAUGGGCUAUGAUCAAGACAUCGUCUACGCAGUACAUUACUGAAGCCUCCGCGUACUACGGCGGAUUCGCCAGUCCUGGCGAAAGCUUGAAAUUCGCUGCAAACCAAAGCAUAAAUGCCUCCUCCAAUGCGCUCUCCGAAGACUUGCGGAGCGCCCCGUCUCAAAGCAAUUUCGCAUUUUUCUCCGCACUCUCUACUUACUCCAAAAAAUUGUUGAACUGCCUCGCUACGAUAAUCGGGUAUGCCUCUCAGAUUUUCGAGAUUGUGUUCCAUGCAAACUCUUGCCCCAGGAACACUACCAGCGAAUUGUUCUGGAGCAAAACUUUUGUGAUCAUGAGUACAGCCAUCGUUACAUGUGCCUGUGUUGCACAGUACAAGCUUUAUGCUCAUCCCACUGGUCAACGGUUUAUCAUAGUCUACUAUCUCACGGUGGGCCUUGGAUAUCUGUACACGCUUGAAUGCACCCAGGACGUCAAGGCUGCCGUGUGCACAGUACUUAUCGUGUCUCCGCUGCCCUGUUUCAUGUUCAGCCCCGACCUAAUCAUGGAUUCCGUGCGCCGUGGACUCCAUGGCAUUAUAGGAUUUUCCUAUGCCAUAUAUGCCACGGUGGAUGCAGCCUGCACGAAGGUCAUGGAUGCUGUUGUGGGUGGGAAUGGCGAUAAUGAUUGGACUGGUGACCCCCAGCUCCCUGCUGUCUGGUUUCCUACCAAUCUUGACACCUGGGCUACCGAUUCCGAUGAUUCGAGUGACGAAGAGGACCUUCUUGCGCCAUCAAGUGUACCAUCAUCAGUCCUAGCGCCGGCCACUGUUGCUGUCGAAGAGCAGAAGCCGGUCGACCGCACUCCAGUGGCACAAAACUCUUCAGCGCAGAAGAGCAAGACUACCGCUGUGCGAGUUAACAAAGUAAGAUAUGUACUGGAGGCUGAGAUUCUGGAACAGCCUUCUAGCCAGCUUGAAGUACCUACUCGAGAGCAUCCUGCUACCAACGGUUUGAUCGCGAAGUCUUCGGGGUCCGCCUUAGGACCUGUCGCUGACGAAACAAUCGAUCCUUCUUUAGCACUUCCUGUCAGGACUGCCGAGUUCAUCACUGAUUCUUUGCCUACUGAGGUUGAAACCGUGCUUCUAGCACAGCCUUCCGAUCAAUCUGACAUAGAGGGUAUCGAAGACGCCCCUCCUGAGUCGACCACCCAAGUCAAGCCCGUAGUCAACACCAACAUAGACAGCAACAUGAACGACGCUCCUGAAGCCGCUGCAAUCAAGAUGAACAGUACCCCAGCUCUAGCCCCAGCAUCGCAAACUCCUGGCAACGACUUCAAUCUAGGUGCUGAGAGCUUCGCUGCUGCGGGCACAUUGAAUACCAACACGGAUGACCCUCCAGAGUCAGACAUCUCCUCUCUCGACUCUGACGACCUCCAGGACACAGCAGAAGGCGAGAGAAUGUUGGCAGCUGCGUAUGCGGCAAGAGAUGCAGCUGCAGCAACAGCAUCACCUCUCAGCCUUUCCGUGGAGAUCCUCGAGGACUCGGACUCGGAUCUGAGCGAUCCACCGGACAAAUAUCAGUGA